GAGAGAGAGAGAGAGAGAAUACUCCGUUCUGCAGACUCUGACAACUAAGAAGUGACCCACACCAAUCUGCUGCUCUCUUCUGUCCCAGUGGCAUAAAAACAGUGAAUAAUGUGAUAAACAAAUCAGCGAAGAGGUUGAUCGCCUGACGUUUAUGGUUUUCGUCUUUGCCUUUGGCUGCGAUUUUGGAUUUCGCGCCGUCUCCGAGCGAUUCGCGCAGACCUCUCCACAAGAGAUGCUGCCAUGUCCCGAGGGCUGUUCCCGCGAGUGAACGUGUGCUGGAUCGCUGCGCUGCUGCUCGGGAACCUGGCAGUGGCGUCCGCCGCCCGAGCGCACACCUGCAGCGAGGUGAAAACAGCCUUCCAGCUGCGCCAGAUCGGCCCGCUCAAGUGGGUACCGGAAGCACCUACCACAGAUGUGAACCUGUUGGUGUGUAAGCAUGUUGGGCCAUCCUGCUGUACUCGUAAGAUGGAGGAGAGCUACAAAGUGGCAGCUGUGAGGGAUACUGUGCAGAAUAUCAGGUCAUACACCUUCGAACUCAAGUUCCUGAUCUCGGGCCAUGCUGAUGCCUUCCAGGAUACGUACCAGUCUCUGUUCACUUUCUCCCAAGGUCACCUGACCUCACUUUUUGAGAGCACCUUCACCUCUCUGUCUUCUAGAAUUGCUCCCCAUGUAACUUCCCUCUUCUCCAGUCUUUCCAACUUCAUCCAGGACACCGCCAGCAUUUCUGUGGAUGCUGCUGUCUAUCGCUUCUAUGACCACCUCUUCCCGCUAGUCCACAGCCACAUCAUCAAGCCGGGCAUUGCUGAGGAUAACAACCUCUCUGAAUGCCUCCGUGCCACUCGGCAGGAUGUGAAUCCAUUUGGCCAUCAUGCUCAAGCCAUGGCUGAGGAUUUGGCAGACGCCAUGCAGGCAGCCAGGGCACUAACCAGGGCAUUUGUCAUGGGUGAAGACUUGAUGAAUGUCACAGAAGUGGCACCUCUGACCAAUGAGUGUGCCCGAGCACUUCUGAAGAUGCAAUACUGCCCACAUUGUCAAGGGUUAACCCUCAUACGUCCUUGUCCCGAGUUCUGCCUCAAUGUUAUGCGUGGAUGCCUGGCAAAUGUGGCAGAGUUAGACAUGCCAUGGAGGCACUAUGUGGCUAUCCUGGAGGACCUCACUCACACCGUAGCUGGAGAGCACAGCGUGGAACUUGCCCUGCUCAGGGUCAGAGGUCAUGUCAACGAGGCCAUACUGUACGCACAGCUACAUGAAGCCAGGAUCAGUGCUACUGUGGAUAAAGUGUGUGGCGAGUCCGUGGCUGAGGCCCAAAGUACUCACCCCACCACUGCUAAGAUGAUUCCCACAGUAACACUUGCCCCAGAACCCAUGGCCAACCAAUCAGACUCUAAUGUCAUGAAACAGCCUGGAAGAUUAUCCCAUCUACGCAGCUCACUCCCUCUGAAACUCACCAAACACAAUAAAGAUAGAAGUCUAAAACAGAUUGCUCGAGAGCUCAUGAAGUAUAUUCCACGCUACAAGGCAUUUUUUUCGGCAGUGCCGGAGAUGCUGUGUGAAGGAGAGGUUGUACGUGAUGAACCCACUUGCUGGAGCGGAAACUAUGUAGUAGAUAGUUCCUUACCGCUGAGGACAACUUCUUGGAGAAGAAGGCAACAGGGUGAAGCUUGGAUUUGUCCCUGAAUCUCUGAGACAACACAGUGCCAACUUCAGUCACUGAAGCAUCUACUUACACAAUGAAGGGUUUGGUGGGAUCUGAGUGCUUGAGAAGAGGAGCUAUGGUGCAUUCCCAUUUGAGUUGUUCGAAUGCUAUUUCGGUGCCUGGGUUCCAUGGAAGACGCUUAGGUUUUCCCUUCAGCAUGGACAUCAAAGGGUGCGCUAUGGUGCUUAAUCCUCUGCACCAUAGGAAUAGUUGCAACUCUCUGUGAGGAAUGGGCAAUCCAGCACAGCUUUCACCUUGUCUUGGUCCAUGGCAACUCCCCCAGAGCUAAUGAUGUAGCCAGAAACGAUAUGGUGUGUUGGUGAAAUUCACACUUCUCUGCUUUGAUGUAAAGUUGAUGCUAGAGAAGCCUUUUUAACACCUGGCAUACAAGGCGGAUGUGUUCCUGAAGAGAACUGGAAUAGACCAGUAUGUUGUCAAUACACGUGAUGACACUCCUCACCAGCAUGUCCCACAGGACAUCGCUGAUUAGGCACUGGAACACUGAGAGGGUGCUAGGGAGCUCAUAUGGCAUGACUAAGUAUUCAUCCCCCUUUGAGAUGCGGAUUGGGUUAUAUGCACUGCGAAGAUUGAGCUUGGUGAAUACUUUAGCUGUUCUGAGCUGUUCCCGGGCUGCAGGAACCAAUGAUAAGGGAUCUUGGUACUUUACAUUUACAUUUACGUUUAUUCAUUUAGCAGACUCUUUUAUCCAAAGCAACUUACAAAUGAGGAAAUAUAAGCAAAGCGAUAUAUCAAGCGGAGAACAAUACAAGUAGAGCUACCAUACAAGAUCUUUUAAUUGAGUUCUAGAAAAGCAAAGUGCACAGAGUAGUGGUGUAAGUGGCAGAGUAGUUUUUUUUUUCUUUUUUUUUGUUCUUUAAAUAGGAUCAUGUGGGGUUAGUGUUUUAGGGCUUAGUUAGGUGGUCACGGAAGAGGUGUUUCUUUAGCUGUUUUUUGAAGAUAGUGACAGAUUUUGCUGUCCAGAUCGAGGUUGGAAGUUCAUUCCACCACUGAGGGACAGUUAGUGUGAAGUUUCUGGAAAGGGACCUUAAGCCACGCUGAGUAGGCACUACUAAGUGUCGGUCAUUAAUCGAUCGCUGAUUGUGUGAGCGAACGUAAGCCUUCAGGAGAGUGGUGAGGUAGGGCGAUGCUGUUCCAGAGAAGGUCUUGUAUGUGAGCAUCAAGGCCUUAAAUUUGAUAUGGGCAGCUUCAGGAAGCCAGUGGAGGGAGAUGAAGAGGGGUUGACACGGGUCCUUUGGGGCUGGUUGAAGACGAGACAUACUGCUGCUUGACUGAAACUUGACUGAAACCUGGUUGAGACCUCGGUAAUCUAUGCAUGGUCUGAGUCCACCACCAGCUGAGGCAGGCGAUGUGGAGUGUCUGAUGUGUCCUUGUUGAAGUGCCUCCUGAAUGUAUUCUUCCAUGGCUUUAUGCUCAGCUACGGAUAGCAGGUACACCAUCCCCCAUGGUGUGAGAUUCAUCAUCCUCCGAUUGGCACUCCAAUCCAUCAAUUGCUUGGAUUCUGCAUGGUUGGAGUAAGGGUCGGACAGGGACGUUGAGCUGGUUCACUGUAUCGUGGUCGAUGAAGUUUCCUGCCAUUCCGGAAUUGAUUAAUGCUGUGUGGACAGAUGUUAUCCAUGAGCAUUGUACUAUGACUGGUAAAACAAAGGCUUGAGGAUAGACUAACUGGGAUGGACUCACCCUUUGGGAGUGGGUUUUGGAGCCCUCGCUCUCCCCAGUGUCCCGACGAGACAUGAUAGGGCACUGCUGGAUGAGAUGGGGGUCUUGUCAACUGUAAAAGCAGAGAAACUUUCAAUGGUGUCUCUCUCUCCUCUUCAUUGUGCCGCAAAUGCCCCUGUUGCAUGGUCUCUGCGGUGAUAUAUGGUGCUGUGAGAGCUCCCUCGCUAUGGGCUGGAUGGCGGCUUUGAAGCAAGCGAUCAAGAUGAAUGGCCAGGUCGAUGAGCGAGUCGAGGGUGAAUCGAGAGUCAUGGCAGGCUAGUUUCAUUACCACUUCCGGGUUAAGUCCGUUGCAAAACGGUUUUCAGUGCUGGUUCAUUCCACUCACUCCUUGCGGAAAUGGUCCGGAACUCAUGAGCAUAUUCUGCUACACGUCGUGAGCCCUGGGAUAUGGUCAGGAGCUCCUCUCCCAUUUCGGUGCCAUCAGAAGUGAGAUCGAAGACACGUUAGAAUAACCCCGUAAACUGUUUGUACGAGGAGGUGGGCUUGCCGCCUCACUCCCACACCGCUGUUGCCCAGGUGAGAGCCUCGCCGGUUAAGAGUUCCAUGAAGUAGGUUAUCUUGCUGGCUUCUUGCAUGCCUGCAUAGCUGGCAAAGAACAAGGAGCAUUGCAGGAGAAAACACUUGUAUCUCGCUGGAUCACCUGCAUACUUCUCCAGCGCUUGUAUCAGAGGAAAUGGGGUGUGAGUCAGCAUGGUGACCAGUGGUUUCUGGGAAAGACGAGUGAAGUGCUCCGUCAGAUAAGCAAGCUGUUGGUGGUGUUCUCCUAUGAGCCAUCCAUGGGCAGAUGGCUUGUUGCCAUUCCGGAGUACCUGCUGCUUCCAUGUUACAGCAAAUUAUUCUGUCACGAACUGGAACAACAAGUCCAAAGGAUGUGGCAAAAACAUAGACAGGCAGAGGUCAAGUGAUCAGGCAAGCAGUCUAAACAAGGCUAAGCAGAAAGACAAGCUCAGUAAUGAGAAGAAAGUCAAAACAAGGAUAAACAAACAUGAUAUCAAGGCUUGGUAUAGACAGAGACAUUAAGCAACUGAGCAUAUACUUAACAAAGACAUUGUGUUCAAACAUUCUCUAAUAUACUGUGGCAUGAGUGUGAGUUUGGAAACAGGUGUGUGUGAUUAGAACUCCAGGGAAAGUGAAUGUAUCCAUGUGUGUGUUUGGGAAAUGUAGUUGUCGUCAGCCAUGUAUGUAGUUCAUGGUGCAUUCUGGGAGUUGCUGGUUUGCUGUGGCAUGACACUUAGUCUAUCUACUUUUAGUUUCAAAGGCAUUUUAGGAAAACAAGAUGAUGGACCAAAUAAUCCAUCUUGUUCACAUUUAUUAAACCCAUGACAAGAUUUAAAUUCUAUCUUCUCUAUCACUGCUGAUAUGUUAGAGAUGUUUCAGAAAUAUAGAUUAAAUCUUGGGGGACAUGACUGUCAAUGAUAGCCUGAAUAAAUUCACACAUUCUGGGCAAGAAAUACAUCAGCCCCAGCCUCAGUUAUUCAUAAGAUUCUAUGUAUUUAUUUUCCCCUCAUUAUUUUAUAUUCCCCUCAUUUUCUCCCUAAUUUAGUCUUGGCCAAUUGUCAACCACCAGUUAGGGCUUACAAAAGGUUACAACAGCUACCAACACAGGGAGGGUGAAGGCUAACACGUGCUUCCUCUGAGCAUGUGACGGUAGACAAAAAUAUCUAUUCACACUUCUGCUAAUGCUGCAUCACAGGGCAGUGUAACACUCGGAUAACAGUGCAAUUUGCCCCUUCCACAUUCAUGUGCUCACAGAUGGCUAUGAUUGUCUAGUGUGUCUGUGACUGACAGGGGGGAGAGAAAGACUUUACCACCCCUCCCACCCAGAAAGCACAGCCAAAUUUGCUUUCUUAGAUUCUGGUCAUGGAUGACUGCAUCACCAUCAGGAUUGAAACUCACCAUCUUCAGACUAUAGGGUGAAUGCUUUUCUGUUUCACUGCUCACAAGUGCAUUCUGUGUAUUUUUUAUGAUGAUUGGUGGUGCUGUGGCAUUGGUUCUACAAAAAUCCAAAAAAUAAUCUGCUCUUUCUUUAGCUUACUCUUUUUUCAGUAUAGUCAAAUGAAAUCUAUACACAUUACCAUUGUUCAUUCAAAAUAAUGUACAGUCUUUAUGAUAUUGUUGUUUAUGAGGUUUGCUUCAUACAUAAUUACCUUUAUGGCAUGGACAUGUACAAAAUCUGCUCACUGAGUUUUGCCAUCAACUUGACAUACUGAAAAUUAAACUUUGGAAAUAGCCAAUCAUGUGUCCUGCAUUAAAAGCAGUGUUUAUUUGUUCAGUUUCUUGACUUACUAUUUAUUGCCUUAUUUCCUUUGUCCUCCAACGUCCUUUCAUUCUCCUUGCUCAUCUAUCUAUCUAAGGAACAGAUGUGAUGCAUUAUUAUUUUACACAGAGCCAUGCAGUAACACAGAUACAUCUAAAUAUCCAUUUGCAGCUACAUAUUGGACUCCAACUGGAAGAGAAGCUGAGAGGAGAGAGAUAUAUACACAAUCUGAGGUAUGGUGACUUGUAAAAUCACCAAACAAUAGUUUGGAGAUUAAAUAAAUAAACCAGAGUGAGACAAAGAGAGAGUAGGCCAGGAUAGAUGGGCUGGAUUGGUUUUCUGGAGCACUCCCUCUGGGAAGAUCAGAAAGACAGGAACUGGCAGUGAGCAGGGAGUCUCUGUGUGAUCAAGCAUCUUAGGCCCAGUUCCAGAAUGUAGGCCUGCUCUGAAGAUGCCUUCUAUACUCAGAUCACUGCUUUAUAAGUGCUGAUCCGUCAACAAUGUUCCCUUCACACUGCAUGACCUACAAAUUCAUACAGUCCACCUCUGCACUGCCAUGUUCUGGAGUCACAGCUCAAUUAUUUUUAAAACUUUAAAAUCAUAUGCAUCAAUACCCAAAAUUACCUUUAAACAAUCUUAUGAGAAAAAGUAGUGUGAUUUUUCUCAUAUCUUUUUUUUUUAUGAUUCUGAAAUCCUGUAGUACCUUUUUAGACAUAUCAGAUUACUGUAAAUGAUAUAACUAUUCAUUUUAAUGCCUCAUUGCUCUCUCCUUUAUACUUGUAUGAGUCUCAGAUCAAAGUUCAACUCAUACCUUAUUCCUAAAGAUCAUGAUGAUCAUGAUGUUAGCUGAUGAUCAGCUCAAAGCCCAAGAAUAUAAAGAUGUAUGUAGCUUUUGCCAGAAGUAAAAAAAAAAUCAUAAGAUUAUUGACAAGCAAGAAAAAAAGGAGGACUGAAUUAAAUGAGAAAGAGAAAGGUUAAGUUUGGGAGAGUCAAGCUGAGAAGAUUUUGAAUUUGUUUGUAUUCUUUGGCUGAUACUGACUAGGCCAAAAUGAUAAGGUGGGAGGUUCAGCAUCUGGGUAUGUUGUUGUUGCAUACUAACUUUGAAAUCUUAACAGUUGUUUAGUGUGAAAGGAGUUUUAUCCAUCUGCCCAUUUUCUUUACCGCUUAUCCUACACAAGGUCGCGGGGAGCCUGGGUCCUAUGCCAGGGGACUCGGGGCACAAGGCAGGGGGCACCCUGUAUAGGGUUCCAACAGUCUGUAGUACACUACAGACAAUUUGAAAAUAUCAAUCAGCCUACCGUGCAUGUAUUUGGACGAUGGGAGGAAACAGGAGUACCCGGAAGAAACCCCAACCCCAGAAGUGGUUUCACUAGCUGAAAAUUUAGAUGUGGGUGUGAAACCAUUUUGAAUUCACCUGUCUAGCCAACCAGCUGUUACUGAUGAACAGAGAGAAAUGAAAUAAUAAUAAUAAAAAAAAACUGUAGUAUUGUACUGACAGAGUAGCACAGUUCUAGAAAAGAAAAAUGUAAGAGAGACAAGGAUAGUUUAUAUGGUGAGUAAAUGAAAGAUGUGUUGUCAAAGGGUGCUCUGAAAUGUGAUAUUAUUGGGUGAAGAUUAUAACACUGUUCUUAAUCCAGUCUGACGCUCAUGCUGUGAAUUAGAUGCUUGUCUGAUCUUGUAAGUGUGAGUCCUCCUGCUCUUUUCACAUAUUCGUCCUCGGUUACUGCUCUCAGCUAUUCCAUAGAACCUCAACCUAACACACUGUGAAAUCUAUUAGCAUUAACAUCCUGGUGUCCAGUUGGUAUCUGUGUUAGAGCUGGGAUCAUUUUUAGCGUUGAAUAGCUACCAUUAGACAGAGUAUUUAAUGAUAGAAGGCCAGACAUGACUGGUAAUGCCACAGAUUUUGUGGUUCAUAGUUUUGAAAUUCCAGGACACACAAACAUAUACACAGGGAUUUAAUGACUUGGCAACUUGCCGUGCACAUAGAGAAUCUCACACCUUGUCUUCUAGUUAUCUUACUCUCUCAGUUUCUUCAUUUAAGAUUCAUGCUAAGGGUCUUCUGUGCUGACCAGUCAGCAUUUUAAUAGUAGUCUGAUCCUGUGUAACUGACAUUCAGCUCUAGAUUUAGAUUAACUAUUGCUCUUAAAGCAUUUUGUCCUGGCUGGUGAGUGUCAGUGAGAAAAUGGAAGAAGAGAAUGUGGGGAAGGUUGUGAUAAUAAUGUAAUACUGGAAGUCAGCACAAGAGCCAAAGAUAAUGAUGUUCAGCUGAAUUCAAAUGAGCUCCCAUGUCUUUUACCACUGCUUCAAGUAUGUCCUAGACUAAUCAGCUCCUUCAAUUUCCAUGACUUCUGUUUCUAACCAAGAGUCCAUGAGGCAUGAGGUAUUAUCUUAAAUAUGGGUGGAAUCAGACCAGUGGUUGUUGACCUUGACUAUGAGUCAUUAGGGUAAUGGGUUGAAUCUCUGUCAUCUCAAUACUUAUUCUCAGAGAAAUUGUUGCUGUUAGUGGUAUUUGUUGUGAUAUUGGGCAAACAACUUAAACUGGGGAUAUGCAUACAGUAAAAUAAGCAUGAUUCUGUAGAAAAAAAUAUCCUCAUUCUCAAACAUUUAUUAUGUGUAUGAUGCGUCACUAUUUUUUAUAUACCUAAAUUACAUGUCUACAAAACUGGCUACAUGUCUAGGCAAAUAUAUAUCUUCAAUCCAAUAGAAAUUUAUGAGAAAGUGUCAAAAAUAUCAAUCAGCACAUACUGUUGCUUCUGGUACGUACUUUCGUUACUUUUAUGAAGCUUGGUCAAAUCUGCUCCUCAUUAUUUUAUGUCUUUGUUAUGGAGAAGGCAUACUGUUGCCCAUAUGUGCCAGACACUUGUUUCCCCACCCAGCCUGUGAGCAAUUAAAGCAUAUUAGCUGAAGUUUUCCCACACUCCCUUGAAGUUAUAAUGCUCAGUCAAGUGUAUUGAACUCAACAAGUUAGUGAUACUCGUCAGUGAUGUUGUGAAUAUACUGUAAUAAUACACACUGAAACAUAAGAAAUUAACAUGGAGUCUCAGCCACUACAGCACUGAAAAAAUACAUUCAUUUGAAAAAAUACUCUAUUUAGGAUUGAAACAAAGUAUUUUAUGGGGCAUUGGUCCUCACCUUUUUUGUGAGAUUUUAUAUAAAAUCCUUAUCACAGCUUCAUUGUACACAAAGAAUUUUCAGGGUUAACUGUAACAUGCUUCAAGGGGCGUCUUACUGUUUACCUAUUUGUGGCGUAAUAUUAUAUCUUAUCCAAUUUAUACCAGACCUGAACUUUAAUUUUGCCAAAAUAUUCCCAACUUGGCCUGUGUAUGUGAAAGGAGUUAUUGAGGCAACUGCAUGCUUUUUGAUAUAGCCCAGGAAUGACAAAUGCAAACACAUUCAUUUUACAGUGUGUUUGAGGGCCAGUUUUUGAAGUAAUAAAACAACAAAGUUGAUUGUGUCAAUGGCCAUCCAUUGUGAGAAGACAGUUGCAUAAUGGUAGUAAUGGAUUUAACCACAGUUUUUGUGUGGAAAUAUAUGUUUCAGAUAUGAUUGUAGAAACAAAACUUUCCAAGGUGCUAAAUUGGGAUUUAGGAUGUGGGAGACCCUUACUUCUUUCAUUGUUGCCAACAAUUUGUGGAUAGUACUGUUCAAUUUAUGUUUAUUAUUAGAACAUGAUGUAAAUGUUAUAAAAUAGUGUUUUUUAAAUGUUUCUGUGAUAAAGAGUUAAUUAAAUAAGUACAGCUUAGACAUCAUGGAGUUACAGCACUACCACCUCACACCUUCAGGGUCCCUGAUUCGAUCCUGAGCUUGGGUCUGUGUAGAGUUUCUGUGCAUGUUCACCCCAUGUCAGUGUGGUUUUCAUCUGGGUUCUUUAGUUUCCUCCCACCUCCCAAAGAAUAUCAUUAGGUUGAUUAGUGACUCUAAAUUGCCCCCCAGGUGUGAAUCAGUGAGUAUGUGCACUGUGAUGGACUGGCAUGCACAGUGUUUCUGGGAUAGGUUCUGUAACCCUGACCAGGAUAAUGCAGUUAUUGAUGAUAUAACUGGGUGGCAAGACAUUACCAGUACUCCAGCUAUGGUAUCAAAAUGAUAUUAAAAUAUAUAACUUUAUUUUAGAGUUCUAGCUACAUGACACCUACAUAAACAGUUUUCAACUGAUGAAAACCUACCCAGACUUUUAUAAAGGCUUAUCCCAAUUGACAUCUCUUGUGGUAAUGUAAUUUAAGUCUAGAAAGUCUCAUAACACAAUUGUGUCAACCAAAAUGUCAUCACUUGACUUGGUGCUAUGUCAACUUGACAUAAAAAAUGGUAUCUUGAAUGUAGGCAAAUUCAACAAAACUUUCUCUUUAUUUGAUUGCUUUUAGAUACAGAAUAUUA